AUGGAAGCGAAGCGGAAAACCCGAAUCCAGUGACAAUGAUGUCGAUCCUCCUAGUAGGAAUUUUUCUCUCUGUGUUGAUAUUCCUUUCGGUCGCUGGUAACAUCCUGGUGUGCGUUGCCAUCUAUACUGACAGAGGUCUCCGCAGGAUAGGAAACCUAUUCCUAGCCUCCUUGGCAAUCGCUGACCUCUUCGUCGCAUCCCUGGUGAUGACGUUCGCCGGAGUCAACGAUCUUCUCGGCUACUGGAUCUUCGGGGCGCAAUUCUGCGACACCUGGGUGGCAUUCGACGUGAUGUGCUCGACUGCCAGCAUCCUCAAUCUGUGCGCCAUCUCCCUGGACAGGUACAUCCACAUCAAGGACCCUCUCAGAUACGGUCGAUGGGUUACGAGGAGAGUAGCUGUUGGGUCGAUAGCUACGAUCUGGUUGCUGGCCGCUUUAAUUUCCUUCGUUCCGAUCUCUUUGGGAUUGCAUCGUCCGCCGCAGCCUUUCGUGGUCUCUUCCGGUGGCCAGAACUACCCGACGUGUGCUUUGGAUUUGACUCCGACGUACGCUGUGGUUUCCAGCUGCAUUUCGUUUUAUGUCCCUUGCAUCGUUAUGAUCGGUAUAUACUGUCGUUUGUACUGCUACGCUCAGAAGCACGUGAAGAAUAUUAGGGCCAUCACCAGACCCAUAGAUCUUCCGGAAGGGACUAUUAACAAGAAGAAAAGCAUGAAACAGGCUAAGAAUAAGGCGCUGCACAUCCAUAUGCACAACCAUCACAGCUCUCCUUACCACGUGAGCGAUCACAAAGCCGCAAUAACAGUGGGCAUCAUCAUGGGUGUGUUUCUGAUCUGCUGGGUGCCGUUCUUCUGCAUCAACAUCGUCGCUGCGUUCUGCAAGACCUGCAUCCCCGAUAUAACUUUCAAGAUCUUGACCUGGUUGGGUUACUCGAAUUCCGCUUUCAACCCGAUCAUCUACUCCAUCUUCAACACGGAAUUCCGCGAAGCCUUCAAACGCAUCCUCACCACCCACUAUCCCGACUGCUGCAAGUGCGGUUACCAAUCGGUAUCCCUCAACACCAACGACAAAUUCAUCACUGAUUACGGCACGAAGACGGUCAUAGUGAACGCAAGACGAAACGGCUCCUUCGGAGAGUUCUCCAGCGAGCAUCUGAGCACCGAGUCCGUCCGGCAGACACGCGUCAACUCUUCGGAGAAGGACAUCUCCGAGGACAUCGUAUGACAUGAAAACGAUUACAGGGACACCAUGGUUUAAGAUGAUGAUGAACCUGAUACCAAUUCUUUCUCGUUCCACUUAACAUAUAACAAGAAAAGAAUCAAGGCUUUGAAGGUGUCGAGUUACUCGUUGAUAUUUUCUCUCCUCUUGGGGAUGCGAAGAUGGAGAUGUACUUAAUGUGUUUGAUAUUCGAGACGCGUUUUAUUUUGCGAUGGAUUCAAAUGGAUGCUUCGUUUCUCUGCAAGAAACACUUACCUACUUCUUUUCCGUACAUCCCGCCACCCCCCGCUAAUGAUGACAAUUUCAGAUUAUCUUAAUUCCAAUGGUUUCGUAGCUUUAAGACCACAGCAUUUUUCACUUUUUCAAUUCGAUUGUACCAAAAAAUUUUAAUAGCUAUGGAUCUACAAUUUCAACAUUCAACAUCAGUAUUAACGAAUCAAAUUUGCAAUUAGAGUAAAGGGAAUGUCACAACUAUCUAAAAUGUGUAUUUAUGUCUGAAAGGCAGCUCGAAUCGAUGGUUGAAUAAAGCUUUUCAUUUGAUCCACGUGAAAAGCAAAUAUUUGUUGAUGGAGGCCGGGCUUUCAAAUGAAACAGUUUUGCGACCUGUUUUUAUUUGU